AAAGCUCACUUGCUGUUACAAACUCGAGACGAUCGGACGCAUUGUUUCUGUUUAGAGUUUAGUUUGAAAUAACCCCUACAAUAUUCGGUUUUUGUUCUACAAAACUGUGCAAAAGGUGUUACUCUAGGAUUAUAACACCCGCAAAGUGCUUAAAGAGUCGUGAAAUUUUCCUUAUUUUACCAAAGAAAAAAAGGGACAAAUUACCAUCAAUGAAACACUGUAAAAGUGGCCGGUUGCCACGGCAACCGAUAAACAUAACAUCGAGCAGAACACCCGUUUUGUUGGGCAGUCAGUGAAGACAUGACCGCAAAUGUAUUUCCGAUAUCGUCGCGAGUGUCACUAAUGGGUGGUAGUUGAGGGUGUUACCAAAUAGUCGCUGCCUGCAGUCUUAAGACGUAGAACACGCACCCCGAUCUUAUCUGCUGGGGGAGUUCAAAGUGUGCAGUGUGCUGCAAGACUUCGGGCCGUAAUAUCGUCGUCCUGAUCGAUAAGGUGGGAAAAGCUCGCCACCCCCUCAUUUACAUCUCCCCCGGAAAACCGCCGGGCCACGCAGAAAGAGGUUGCAAAACGAACCGAAAGGACAUUCGGACGACUGUGGCCUCGUUUGAGGGCACCUCACCUGCCUUGCUCAGCCAUAGAUGCCGGUGAAUAAUAGAGGCUACGUCUGGAACGGCCAAAAGUGGGCUCCCGGAGACAUCUGCGCCGGUGACUGAUGAAUAUUAAUGACCUCACCGCAACCGGGGGGUUCGAAGUGUUUUGUUCGAUCAAGUGAAACGGAAGAGGGAGGGGUCUCAAAACGCGGGUAAGAGUAUUGCCGUUUGACAUGCAACCUCGUUGCAUGCUUUUCCGAAGAGUGUCACGACCUGUGUGAGAAAAACUUUACCUUGUGUCGUAGUGCAACGAAAGUCAGUAAGAGGGGAAGAAAAACUUUUGCAACGUAAAGCCACCACAAAGACAGGAAGUUCCUUCAGUGCGGAAAAUGUAGAACUUUUAAGGACACCGAAAAAACUGCAGCUGGAAAAAAACAGAAAAAAGAGGAAGAAGAAAACUUUCGCCAUGAAUCGAUACCUUACGUUGAGCCAGCUUGGCGAUGGGACCUACGGUACGGUUGUCCUUGGUCAACGCAAAGACACCGGCGAGAAGGUCGCCAUCAAGCGGAUGAAGCGGAAGUACUACUCCUGGGAGGAAGCCAUGAAUCUUCGGGAGGUGAAGUCCCUGAAGAAGCUCUCGCACGCCAACGUGGUGAAGCUGAAGGAGGUCAUUCGGGAGAACGACGUGCUGUACUUUGUGUUCGAGUACAUGCAGGAAAACCUGUACCAGCUGAUCAAGGACCGCGAGACGCACUUCCCGGAGUCGACGAUAAGACUGAUCCUGCAGCAGAUCCUUACGGGGCUGGCGUUCAUGCACCGGCACGGCUUCUUCCACCGGGACCUGAAGCCGGAAAAUGUGCUGUGCUGCGGGCCGGAGCUGGUCAAAAUUGCCGACUUUGGGCUGGCGCGGGAGAUCCGGUCGCGGCCACCCUACACGGAUUACGUGUCCACGCGGUGGUAUCGUGCACCGGAAGUGCUGCUCCACUCGACCCGCUAUGGCAGUGCCAUCGAUAUGUGGGCCGUGGGCUGUAUCAUGUCUGAGCUGUACACGUUUCGGCCGUUGUUCCCAGGUUCGAGCGAAGUGGACCAGCUGUUCAAGAUCUGCUCCGUGCUAGGAACGCCGGAUAAGCUCGACUGGCCCGAGGGACAUAAGCUUGCGUCCUCGAUACAGUUUCGGUUUCCCGAGUGUCCAAAGAUACCGCUGGAGUCGCUGGUGACGCGAGCGGGAACGUCUGCAAUACAGCUGCUUGAGGAUUCCCUCCAGUGGGACCCGGAGAAGCGACCUACGGCGCAGCAAUCGCUCAAGUACCCGUACUUCAGUUCGAUGAAGCAGCGAUCGGCGGCAAGUGUGGUGACCAACGGGAAUACUCAGCUACCGCAGCUUCAGCAGAACGGCAACGGAGUUCCCAGUGCCAGGAUAUCAAUCGUAGACGUUGCUCAGCUGGAGAACGGUUCAAUCAACAACAGGUUCAGUGUAAAUCCGGCCAUCGGAAGUGGUGCACUCAAUGGCAAUAACAACGGAAGUGUCUACAAAUCGUUGAGUAAUAGUGACCUGAACGAGAUCAAUUCUAUGCUAAGUAUUUCGCGACUUUCUCAGAAUCCUCCGGUCGAGAAACGUGCUUCGCUGGACAACGGCAAGCUCGGGGACAGUGCCAGAAGUAACGGACGAUUCCAGAGCGGGAUCAACUACAGUGUGCUAAACGAAAUGCUCAACAACUACAAUCUGGGCCAUCAAGGCCAUCGGCUUAACCGGAACAAUAGCAUUACGAAAUCAAUCACCGACCAAAGUGAUAGUGGAGUGAACGACAACGGAAGCUCCGGGGUUAGUUAUUCCAUCGUGAAACCGGCCGUGGUGAAGAUCGACGACAAGCCCACGGAAGUGUACGUUGGCCGGAAGGAGAAAGUGAACGACAUUUUUGUGGCGCGAAACUUGGUGGACAAUGUGGCGAAGAUCACUCGAGCAGUGGACAGCGACGACUCGAGCUACGUCAACAGCAGUGGGUUCUACUUGCACAAACAAAACGGUAACGGGGACUUUGGGAACGCCGUUUUCAACGAUAGUUUCCUAAACGACUCCAAGGUGUACAACGCGUUCUCGAAACAACCGGUGCUGCUGACUCGCAAAACAGACGAAGAAAUCAGGCUGAACAAGGCAAAAAAUCCAUCCCUGAACCGCGGCCUCCAAAGUCACUUCAGUCGCAGUUGGGAACCAGUCAAGGGGAGUAGUUUCGAGGAUGACCUGGAGGACAUUUUAGGAAGCAAAGUCAAAUCGUCCAAGAAAACUGGCAACGAGUUCAAGCUUGAGGAUCUGUUCGGGACGGUGUCGUUUUCAAAAGAUUCCGGCCCCUCCAAAUAUCCGAACACGGUUCCGUUUGCCAAGGGAUCGAUGAAGAACAACGGGCUCACGGACAUCUACGACAACUCGGACGCGAAGCCGUCGCACUCGAGUGCGAACAUCGCGCCGCGGCGGAAAAACCAGCAGCAGGUGUUUGUGUCGAACAACAGUUUCUCAACAAACAAAGAAUUCAACGGGGUCAAUGCUGCGUUCAAACUGUUUCCAUGGGAAGAUGUUCCCCGAAAUGCACCAGAAAAGAAGCAAUGGGUCCCCGAUAGUGGUGUCCUGACGUACGUCGGUCCUGGUGGUGACGGCAAGGGACGACCCGACUGGGCCGCCAAGUACCUUAGCAAGUAGUUGCUUGCACCUGCUUAGAGCUUAUUUUAAGGAAGAUUAGAUGCUAAGUUGUUACUACCAGCAGUGUAUAGAACCAAAACAAUCUGUGAUAGAUCUCGAUGAAUGUAACAUAAUGAUCAUUUUGAGUUGAAUUGCGUUAGCGUACACGAUAAGUGGAUGAAUUAUUGUCUAGUAGUUUGUACAGUAAAUGAGCAGUAAUAAACGUUACAUGAAUGUUCUAGAAGCCGGUU